AUGGCUGAGCCUACCCAGCCAAUUGUUCCCUCCGGAGCGGUCACCCUAUCCAGGGACAGUUCACCAUUUGUCUUGUCCACAAGGGCUGCGGAGGCAGCCACUUCUCUUCUCAGCUUAACCGCAGAGUCAGCGGUUACUCCCUGCCACCAGCACAUCAUUUCGCCACAGCGCCCACGCACCAUGGCACAAAACCUUCGGCCCAGGCAUCAGGAGGAGCGGGGAAAGCGGGGGACCGCUGCAGAGGCAUCUGGCGCCGCGCAGAGGCGUGCGCAGGACAAGGAGCAAAGCAAUGCAGCAGGUGGGCAGUCCGUAGAAUUGCCUUUUGAGGAACCCCAGAACCCGAAAAAGCCGGAAAUGCAAAAUGCGAGCGAGCCCAGUGGGUCACAGCCGCCACCCACCCACGACAUCAUGGACGUUUCUGAACUAGAGGAACUUGACAUUCCCUCGGAAGUGGUGGCAGGAAUGAAUGUCCAGGACAAUGCCAUGACGUCAGAGUCGUCAGAAUCAGAGGGCUCAGAUGCAUGCUCAGGGACAGAAUCAGAAUCGCCCGUAGAGGAAAGUCCUUCUGAUAGCUCGGGAGACGCUUACGUUCCCUCGGAAACGGAGGGAACCGACAGCGAGGACCUGACCGGAGUGGAAGAGGAAGAGUGGGAUGACCUUUUUCCCAUCUUCCCCUAUGCAGAGAACCCGCCCCCCUGCACAGAAGACACUCUGGUCCUGCGGGACCGCCUCAACGCUAUGCAGCGGCCGCGCCAGGCGCUCCCUGGAAAGGACCGCCUCAGCCCCUUCCACAAGACCCACGUCAUCACCAACGACGACGACCUGCCCGAGUUCCGGAAGAUGACGGACCAGUGGAGGAAGGACUACAUCGGGUUCAUCAUGUGCCUCAUCCAGCGCCGCAUCCCCCUCAAGAACAAGGAAAAGCACGCGGGCAAGAUCGAUAAGCGGAUCAUCGCCGUCGAGCACCACCUCUUCCCCAUGCAAGACGCCGCCUCGGUCGAGCGAUGCAUCCUGUCCAUCGACAAGGCCAAGGAGAUGGAGCAGAACUGGGACGCGCAGCACCCCGGCCGGCCCAUCAAACCAGCGCGCCCCAUCCCCCUGCGCAAGAUGGUCACCGCCCUGUACCAGAACGUCAUGGGGCCGAACGCCCCCCUCUACGAAGAAGACAUCCCGGCCACUCAGGCCGCUGCGGGCGGCCCAAAGGAGGACUCUCCCCUGCCGCUGCGCUGCAAGGGCAAUAAAGGCCCCAUCGCCAAGUCCCCGCGCUCCGUCAUCAGCGUGGACAGGGACGCCACUGUACCUGUGGAGCGCGUCAAGAAGACGACGCGAACGGACACGGAGUUGGUCCGUGAGACGCCGGUACCUGACAGCGCGGACGCACCGCCGCGCAAGAAGAAGAGAAAGGACCGCCAGCGCCAGGACGUGAGCCUCCCACGCAAGCAGCUCGUCGCCCACGCGGCCGAGGCCGACACGGAGCAGCCCCCCAGUCGCAAGAAGAAAAAGCUGCUAGCCCCUGUUGAGCUGGCCACCAUCGACCCUGAGGAGCUGUACCCGCCUGCCAGGGGACCCCUUCGCCGCCGCUACGAUGACGACGAUCCCGACAACGACGACCAAGCUGUGGUGUUCACCGACAUUACACUUGGUGUGAAGUAA